GGAACGACUACUAGUAGUACUCUGUGUGUUCACAAUCAAUAGAUAUCUAUAAGGAUUAUGCAGUUCAUUCGUUGUAAUAGCAGAACACGUUUUUUUUUCGCUUGUUUAUUUUCCCCUUAUUUUAAGAUCUGUCCUUUCCCUCGUCUACUUUAUGCAAUAUCACAAUAAUUUUUGCUAAAGUUGUUUUGAUUCUUCUAACCAUAUAUCUAGUUUUUCCAAUCGCAUUUAAAUAAAUGUUACAUAAAUACUUUUAAUGAAAUGUAAAGUAAACAAUUCGCGAAUGAAUUUAGUUGAAUCCUUCAUCAUUUUUAUGUAGAACGUGUUAUAUGAAUCUGCGAUUGGUUAGCCAAGCUUUAGCAUGUUACUGCAAUUUUAUGAUGAAUAGUAUUCAUUUUUAUAAUUCAUGUAAACAGUUUCAAGUUUCUCAAGGUGUAAUCAAUAGGAUAUAAUUGAAUUUUAUUUUCCAUUGUUGUAAUCACUUCUUGAGUGAAAUAGAAGAUACAUGUUACGUGAACGAUGCACUCUUAUCGUUAGUAUCUAUAAGUAAAUCAAUUAUAAAGGAAUAUGAAUGUAAUGUUUGGCUGUUAUAAUGCAACAGAAAUAUUAGUAAUGUCUGUGGUAGUUCGUAUAUAAAGAUUCAAUGAUACAUGCCCAUAUACUUAACAAUUUCUUGUAUUCUCUUUGUCCAACUGUUAUCCUAUUUAAUGUGAUUUUUUUCUUGUUUGUUCGAUAACUCAGACAACAGUGAAAGAAUAGCAAUCCGAAAAACAAAUAGUAGUAGUGAUUUAUCAGAGAACAUGGCACUACCCAGUAGAGCGCGAGUUUACACUGAUGUAAAUUCACACAAACCCAGAGAUUACUGGGACUAUGAAUCUUAUGUUGUCGAUUGGGGACAACAAGAUGAUUAUCAACUAGUAAGAAAAUUAGGCAGAGGAAAAUAUAGCGAAGUAUUUGAAGCUAUUAAUAUAACGAAUAAUGAAAAAUGCGUUGUAAAAAUUUUGAAGCCUGUAAAAAAGAAGAAAAUAAAAAGGGAGAUAAAAAUCUUAGAAAAUCUGAAAGGUGGGACCAACAUAAUUACACUCCAAGCUGUUGUCAAAGAUCCAGUAUCGAGGACACCGGCACUGAUAUUCGAACAUGUUAACAACACAGAUUUCAAGCAAUUAUACCAGACGCUAACAGACUACGACAUAAGAUACUACCUCUACGAAUUAUUAAAAGCAUUAGAUUAUUGCCAUAGUAUGGGAAUAAUGCAUAGGGACGUCAAACCGCACAACGUUAUGAUAGAUCACGAAAAUCGGAAGUUGCGGUUAAUCGACUGGGGUCUAGCGGAGUUUUAUCAUCCUGGUCAAGAGUAUAAUGUACGAGUAGCGUCGCGUUAUUUCAAAGGUCCCGAACUACUCGUAGAUUAUCAGAUGUACGAUUAUUCAUUAGAUAUGUGGUCACUUGGAUGCAUGCUUGCGAGUAUGAUAUUCAGGAAAGAACCGUUUUUUCAUGGACACGAUAAUUACGACCAACUAGUUAGAAUUGCGAAGGUCCUUGGAACCGAGGAACUGUUCGAAUAUCUUGAAAAGUACCACAUUGAAUUGGAUCCCCGUUUCAAUGAUAUCUUAGGCCGACAUUCGCGUAAACGUUGGGAACGUUUCAUGCACUCGGAGAAUCAACAUUUGGUGUCACACGAGAGUCUCGACUUUCUUGACAAACUUCUGCGCUAUGAUCAUUUCGAAAGACUUACUGCACGCGAAGCUAUGGAGCAUCCUUAUUUUUAUCCGAUAGUAAAAGACCAAGGUCGACUAAACAUGGUAUCAUCAUCACCUACUCCCAUAACAGGUUCGUUACCUGUAGGUAUCGGUAUUUCGCGCGAGGGGCUUGAUCCCAUCCCUAGGCGUGACUGUGAGCGGCGUAUCGGUUCAUGGAAUAAACCGACAGAAAAGUGUGACGAGACCAGUUGGAAAUGGGACACAGAAAGCGAUGAAGUAUUCAUCACGACCGUUACAUCUUUUUCACGCAGUUCACGUCUUUUCACUACUAAUAACGUACUAAAAAAAGUUGAUCCUUCCACUCCGCUUGAGCCAACAAAAUUGCGAAGAGGAAAGAAAGUGAUGAUCAUUCGUGCGAUGGUGGACCACCUCUUAUGUAAAUGGCAAUUAUAUUCUGACGUGGUAUAUAAAGUUCUAUAUUUUAGACAUUCCUUGUUUUUCAUCCCGGUUAUUACUUGAAAGAGAAAUCGUGUCUCACGUAUCUACUGGUAAACAUAAUCUACGAUAUGUGCAAUUCGAAGUGUUUUAACGGCAACGAAGAACGAAAGGAGCGAAGGCGCUGCGUACCGAAAAGAUAAUCGACAACGGCUGAGCUUCAUCGAAACGAUUCAGGAACGGAAGAGAAAGUUAAACGAUACCAAAAUAUUCAAAUAGUAUAUACGUGCUCCGCCCAUAUUGGUUGGUGUGCGUGUGCUGUCAAAUAACUGUGUCACACACUUAUUUUCAUUAUCUUUUUCCGUUUUUUUAUCAUUUCUAUUGUGUUUCGUUGACGCUGCUACUAAUGUCACCACCACGGUAAAUCCGUAUUGAUUCGUGUACGGAUGCGAGCUAGAUCAUGUUACAUACGUCGCUUACGAGGAUCGUCCGUUCUGAAUGCGAGAUUGUCGUAAGACAAGAAAUAAUGCAAAACAGACGAAAAGGAGUCACGUGUAUUUGCAUUCACACAGAAACGCGUGCGAACACAGACACACACAGAGAAAGAGGGAGAGAGAGAGAGACAGACACGUACACGUAGCACAUACAUGUGCUUACACUUUACAUGUACCUUAGGCCGCUCGGUUUAGUACUUUUAACGAUGAAAAAAAAAAUGUUCGUUUAUAUCUGAUACAAUAAUAGUUGAAUAAAAUGUUUGUUAUAGCCAAGUAUUCUUUAUGCUCUGUGAAUACCUGUGUAAUCCAGUAAUUGAUGUUACCAAACGACACUGGUAAUGGCAUUAUCGAUCGAAUGGUGUUUUAGAUCGUACCAUGUCGAGGACGCAUUUCGUAAUUUUAUAGACCUUGUUACGCCCAUACUUCUACAGAUGUUUCUACUUUGUGUAACACGUUAUAUCGAACUGUAGCCAGUUUUGUAAUUUAACUUUUGACUGACUCGAAACAGAACAUUCACAGGCACCUCUUUUAAAAAAAAAAAACACUUGGCGCCAGCAGAAGCCUACGUACAUGAACAAAAACGAUGCACGACGACGAGAGAAUAAAAUUAAAAGAAAAAAAAACCAUUCGUAUUGCUGUAAAUUGUACGCUUUAUUGCGAGCUAAUAUGUAAUGUUUAAAUACCGGCAACCGAAUCGAUCGACGAGCUGACUUCGUAAAUACAGCAUUACCAAUGCGUUUCUUAUGAAUUUGAACAUGUAAUUAUACUCAUAUACGAACGUAAGCCAGUCUAUUAUGUACAUUUCAACAAAAAGAUUUACUUCGAGAGAAAGAGGGAGAGCGAGAGCGAGAGACGAGAGAGACGUACUUUUAAUUAAAAGAAUGUAUAGGAAUAGAACACACUCCACUUGUACACCAUUGUCCUUUCGUAUUAUUUCGAAAGAAUUCGUCAGUUCCUAUACGUAUUAAAUUGCGCGUAAAGUACGGUCAAUUCAUUAUAUAUAUAUAUAUAANUUUUAUUUUUCAAUAACGCAUAAAAAAUAUAUAUAUACAUAUACACGGACGAGCAAGCGAAGAGUAAGUACGUAGAUGCGAUUAGCGAAUACUGCGAUACUUAGUAGUAAUAAUUAAUGAUGUAAAAAAAAGAGAGAUACUUUGUGUACGAGUAUAAAUUAUAAAUAUACAUUUUAUUUAUUCCGCUUGAACGGUGGUCGUGGAAUGUUUGAUUUCAAGUAGUUUUUUAUCGCAAUGGCAAGAACGGCGCAAAGAAUGUAAUUGUUUAUCCAAGUUUGAUAAAUUAUCCUGUUCAUAUACGUUAAGUUUACGAUAAUCUAGUUUAGUUUUAUAGGGGAAAAGCAAGAACUAUUGAAUGACUAUUAUUUAAAGUCUACAAGUGAACUUGAAUCAUACGGAUUAAAAUAACGAAUUGUCACUAAUGUAAUUAAUAUAUUAUGCUAAAUUUUAA